UGUGAGAUGCUGCUGGAAGUUCAGACUUAGAGCUGGAAGGAUCGGAGUGUUAUGUGUGCGGAGCUCCGGGACUGCACUGUAUACAGGGGGGUGACCGGGAUCACUGCACAGCACUACUGCUAGGAGCCUGCAGGCAGCCUCACCCCCACCCAGGGAUCCCUCAUUUCACAGACUGGAAUAUAUUACACGAGAUCUCUCAUUACUGGAUUUGUUCUUCUGCACCCAGCUUCCAGGAAAUUCUUGCAGCAAGGAAUCCUUAGAAGGAACUACCACAUCACAUUUCUUCUUUUUUUUAUUUUUUUUGUUAAAGAAAACUUCUCAAAUUCACAAAGAACGAAUCACUUCCUGAUAUAAAUCUUCCACUAAUUUUUUACAAUCAAGUUUCACAUCCAGCUUGGAGCCAGAAAUGUUUUCACAGCGGGUGUCAAUGUUUUGGGUUUGUGACUACUGUACAGAGAGCAUUCAUGGCUGAUAUUUGCACAGGGAAGCAUGUACCUACUUUGAAUGCACUAUUUAUUUAAGCUUUUACAUUAUGAAUCGUUCCCCUGGUGUGGAGUUAAUUUUACUGGUCUUGCAGAGGAGCCUUUGUACACGGAAAGGCAGUUUCUGGCAUAAAAAUUAAAGACAACCAAAGGGGAUUAUAAAGAAACCUUUAAUUGGCAAAGGAGGAAUCGCCACGUGGUCGCACGAAACUCGACGCUGCUGAAGUGCACGAUUUGGGUGUCGGUGGUAAACGUUUGCUGUGAUGUGGACAAGAGAUAAUGAAACUCUGUACCUUCUUCUUUGAGUUAGGAUUGUUUGAGUAAAUACUACGAAAGAGGGACUGCUAAAUGAGAUAACCCUGAGCUUGUUAUUCUCGGAACAUAAGGACUUCACAAGAGCUUGCCCUCGGGAGGAUUCAAGGGAACAUCAUCUGACACUUCUCGAGCAGGUAUUGAUUGCUACAUCCCUCAUGAUCAUGAAUGCAGAAGCGUGGAACUUUCUUGUUGCCUGGACUCAGAUGUUACUAUUACUUAUGGCUCCACAGUACGUCAGUGCCAAACCUUGCCCUUCAGUAUGUCGCUGUGAUGGAGGUUUCAUUUACUGCAAUGAUAGGGAUUUGACAUCUAUUCCUUCGGGGAUACCAGAGGAUGCUACAACUCUCUACCUUCAAAAUAAUCAGAUCAACAAUGCUGGGAUACCUUCUGACCUGAAAGGCCUCGACAAAGUGGAAAGGAUCUACCUGUACCGAAACAGUUUAGAUGAAUUUCCAAUUAAUCUCCCAAAAAGUGUUAAAGAACUGCACCUGCAGGAAAAUAAUAUAAGGACUAUAACCUAUGAUGCACUGUCUCAGAUUCCUGCGAUUGAGGAGCUACAUCUAGAUGAUAAUUCUGUGUCUGCAGUUAGUAUUGAGGAUGGCUCAUUUCGAGACAACAUUUAUCUUCGUCUUCUGUUCCUUUCCCGAAAUCACCUAAGCACAAUACCUUGGGGUCUGCCUCGAACAAUUGAAGAGUUACGUUUGGAUGAUAAUCGAAUUUCCACUAUUGCAGAGAUCUCUUUGCAGGACCUCACAAAUCUAAAACGUCUUGUUUUGGAUGGAAAUCUCUUACACAAUAGUGGCCUUGGGGAAAGGGUCUUUAUGAACUUGGUCAAUCUGACAGAGCUGUCAUUGGUUCGAAAUUCUCUACAAUCUCCCCCUGCAAAUCUGCCAGGUACAAAUUUGAGAAAGCUUUACCUUCAAGAAAAUCAUAUGAAUUAUGUGCCACCCAAUGCUUUUGCUGACCUUACCCAACUUUAUCGACUUGACAUGUCGAGCAACAAUCUAACAUCUUUACCUCAGGGUAUUUUUGAUGACUUGGAUAAUUUAACCCAGUUAUUCCUACGCAACAAUCCAUGGUAUUGUGGUUGCAAAAUGAAAUGGGUACGUGACUGGCUUCAGUCUUUGCCUUCCAAAGUUAAUGUUCGUGGGCUGAUGUGCCAAGCACCGGAGCCUGUUAGGGGAAUGACCAUUAAAGACCUUAACAAAGAAUUAUUUGAUUGUAAAGACAGAUUUGAUAACAAUAUUAUACAUAUAACAACGACAACUAUGUUAAAUACUUUGGUGGGUCAGAGGCCAGUAUCUGUGACCAAACAGCCGGAGAUCAGGCCGCCUGAUCUCAACAAAAUCUACAGAACCACGCCAAUACCAGUGAGGAAAAUAAUCACGAUCAACGUAAAAGCUGUCACCAUUGAGACCAUCCACAUUUCCUGGAAAAUUGCUUUACCACUGAAGUCACUAAGACUUAGCUGGCAGUUGGGACACAGCCCAGUUUUUGGAUCUAUUACAGAAACAAUUGUGACAGGUGACAGAACGGAAUAUUUGCUCACAGCACUUGAGCCAGAGUCACCAUACCGCAUAUGUAUGGUUCCCAUGGAAACCGGAAACUUCUUUUUAUUGGAUGAAACACCUGUUUGUAUUGAAACCGAGACUGCUCCACUUAAAAUGUAUAACCCCACCACAACAUUAAAUAGAGAGCAGGAGAAAGAGCCUUAUAAAAACUCCAAUUUGCCUCUAGCAGCUAUCAUAGGUGGAGCAGUGGCUCUAGUGGCAAUCACACUCCUUGCUUUGGUUUGUUGGUACGUCCAUCGGAACGGAUCCUUGUUUUCCAGGAACUGUGCUUACAGCAAGGGCCGUAGAAGAAAAGAUGAUUAUGCAGAGGCGGGGACUAAGAAAGACAAUUCCAUUUUAGAAAUUAGGGAGACCUCUUUUCAGAUGAUACCAAUAAAUAGCGAUCCAAUGACCAAGGAGGAGUUUAUAUUACACACUAUAUUUCCAUCCAAUGGAGUAACCUUGUACAAAACCAGUCACAGUGAAAGCAGCAGUAACAGAAGCUACAGAGACAGUGGUAUUCCAGAUUCUGACCAUUCACAUUCAUGAUGAUUAGAGGCACAAAACUUUUUAUAGAGACUCAAAUGAGUGAAUGGGGUGCACUGUUCCACUGCAAAACACUGGAUUUAAAAAAUGAGACAAAGACUUUGAAGGAGCAAUGUACUGUACAUUUGCCAUAUAAUUUAUAUUUAAGAACUUUUUUUAUUAAAAGUUUCAAAAUUUCAGGUUGCUGCUACAAUUAAAUGUAGUUCGUUGCCUGACCACAAUUCUCUAUUUUAGUAUUUUUUGUAAUUUGUACUGUAUUUUCCUUGCUAAUAUUGAAGUUACAGACCAUUUAACUCUCUUUUGUGUUCUACUGAGUAAAAUGACUUGUUGACUGUGAAAGUGAAUUUUUCUUUUUUCUUUUUUUUCCUGCUGUGUUGAACAAUCAGGAUUUUUUUUUGGUAUUUUUUCUGACCUUUGUAGUAUAAGCACAGACCGGUUUUGCAUAUCAUUCUAAACAUGGUAUAAAUAAAAUGUAGCUACAAAACAAAAUAAAAAAACAGUAUUGAUGGGUCUGUAAAAAAAUAAUAAAAAAAAAACUGUAUACAACAUUAUUCAAUAAACAAAAACAAAACCCUAUGUGUGUAGUAAUGGGCAUUAAUUAAUCUGCCCCCAAAAAAAUGUACUGAUAGUCUACUGCCCCAUAGCACAAAUAAAGCCCCACACGUUUUUUAAUCUAUAAUAAUUACACUUAAACCUGAAACUGGAUCAGCGUUUAGAUACAUGAUCCACACGAAAUAUAAACCCUUUAGAGACUGCGUAAAAGAUAACUCAAAAGUAUUUUACUUUCCCACCAAAAAAAAAUACAUUUGAGCCAAAAAGUAAAAUCAAAUUAUGACCACCUGUUUUCAAUUUAGUUGUUUAAAUUUUAUAUGUUCUAAAUAUUUACUUACAUAAAACAUUUUAUUUGCACUCGAUAUUUUACAUUUUAUAAAGUUUAACCCCCCAAAAAAUAUAUUUUCCUUAAUCAUAAAACAUAGCUGCCAACCAAUCCAUAGUGCCCAUUACUACAUCAUAAUCUAUAUCUAAUUUUUAAAAUAUCAAUCAUGUUAUAUUGCCUUUCCGUUAAUUUAAUAUUUAAGAGAAAUACACUUUUGUUGCCAUACCUCCCCCUCCUAUUGUAUGUUUUUUUUUUUUGUUUUGUUUGUUUUUUUCAGAUAAAUGCCAAGGUGCAUCGUAUGCUCCUUUGGUCAGUAUUGUAUGUGCCUUGAUCCAAUGCUACAUGUAUUCAGCUUUUUCUUUUUUUUUUCGGUGACAAUUUUUCAUACUUGCCGACUAUGAAAAAUAUUGAACUUAUUGCUGAAUAAAAUGAAGAAAUACAUGAGGA